GAGGAUGAGGAGGAGAGGGGGAGUCUCAGGAAACUUCACAUCGAAGCUGCUGCUGCUGCUGAAGAGGAGGAUUUUAUUCUGACUCCCUGUGUUUCACAUAUUAUUAAAGGAGCAUCGGUGAGAAGUGAGGAGCAGCGAUGAAUCAAACUGCUUCUGUGUCCCAUCAGAUCGAGUGUCAGCCGAUCAAGGACGACAAGGAGUUCGUGGACGUGAGCGUGCCGCAGAGGAACUGGAAGGGCAUCGCCAUCUCCCUGCUGGUCAUCGUGGUGGUGUGCUCGCUCAUCACCAUGUCCGUGGUCGUCCUCACACCCGUGGAGGUUCCCGGCAGCAGCAGGUCCAGGCUGACGGUGGCAGAUCUGUACAAGCCCGAGUUCAGCGUCCACGACCCCGAGGCCACGUGGAUCAGUGAUUCCGAGGUGGUGUACAGGAACCGCGACGGCCACGUCAUCAAGUUCAACUUCGCCCUGAACGAGACGGAGGUCAUUCUGAGCAACAGCACGUUUGUGGCUUUCAAGGUGGCCAAGUACUCGCUCUCUGCAGAUCUGAAGUACGCGCUGUUCGCCUACGACGUCAAGCGGAUUUACAGAUAUUCCUACACGGCGUCCUAUAUCGUCUACAACAUCUACACCAGGGAGGUUUGGGAGCUGAAUCCUCCUGAGGUCCAGAACGCUGUGCUCCAACACGCAGCUUGGGGCAAACAAGGACAACAGCUGAUCUACAUCUUUGAGAAUAACAUCUACUACCAGUCGGAUGUGAAGAGCGUCUCCCUGAGGAUCACUUCCUCCGGGAAGGAGGGCGUCAUCUUCAACGGCCUCUCUGAUUGGCUGUACGAAGAGGAGAUCCUGCGCUCACACCUGGCUCACUGGUGGUCACCGGACGGGGAGCGACUGGCCUUCCUCACCAUCGACGACACCCGGGUGCCCAACAUGGCUCUGCCCCAGUUCACCGGCAGCACCUACCCCAAAGGGCUCCAGUACCCCUAUCCUAUGGCCGGUCAGACCAACCCUGCGGUCAAGCUGUCACUGGUCAACCUGUUCGGAGCGACUCACACUCAGGAGCUGCUGCCUCCAGAUCAGCUGCGGCACCGAGACUUCUACGUCACGAUGGUGAAGUGGAUCAGCCCCGCCCACCUGGUGGUGCGCUGGGUCAACCGGGCGCAGAACCUGUCGCUGCUGACGGAGUGCGACGCCACGCUGGGAGUCUGUCUUCAGAGACACAGGGACACCUCGGAGACGUGGCUGUCCAGACAGGGACAGGAGCCGCUGUUCUCCAAGGACAGGAGCAGGUUCUUCCUCACGCUGCCUGUGAAACAAGGAGGUCAGGGAGACUUCCACCACAUCACCAUGUUCACGAAGAAGCUGCGGAGCGACCAGGACGAGGUUCGCCACCUGACGUCAGGAGACUGGGAGGUGACGGACAUCGUAGCUUAUGACGAGAACAACCAGCUCGUAUACUUCCUGAGCACAGAGGACUCGGCGCAGCAGAGACACUUAUUCUGGGUCUCCACCCUCGGCCUCUUUCCACGCAGAUGUCUCACCUGUGGACUGAAGGAGGAGUGUUCGUUCUUCGAGGCGAACGUCCACCCCGACGCUCAGCACGCCGUCCUGAGCUGCAAAGGCCCUGGAGUUCCAGCUGUGCUGCUCCUGAACCUGGACGACGUGGACUCGUAUUUCAUCCUGGAGAACAACCUUCCCCUCCGCACGGCGCUCGGGACCAAGAGGACGGUUCAGACCGACAUCCGCGUCAUCACACACGGAAACUUCGAGCUGCCGCUGAAGCUCAACUACCCCCCCGACUUCUCCGAGUCCUUCCUCUACGGCCUCCUCCUCGUCGUCGGCAGUUCUCCUGGGACCCAGACGGUGACUCAGGAGUUCAAGCCGGACUGGGACUGGGUGCUGGUGGGAUCUGAGCAGGUCAUCGUGGCUCGACUCGACGGCAGAGGUUCUGGUUUCAGAGGUCAAAGGGUUUCACAGGACGUUCAUCUGAAGCUCGGCUCCGUGGACGCUGAAGACCAGAUGGCUGCUCUCGAAUACCUGGUGAAGCUGCCGUUCAUCGACCGCACUCGGGUCGGAGUCUUCGGAGAGGAUUACGGCGGCUUCCUGGCGCUGACGAUGCUGAAGUCGCCCGAGCGGCUGGUGAGAUGUGCCGCGGCUCAGACUCCGAUCAUCGACUGGUCCAUGUACGCCUCGGCCUUUUCUGAGAGAUACCUGGGCUCGCCCUCCACCGAGGAGAGCAAAUACCAAGCGUCCAGAGUCCUGAGCAACAUGAAGGGUCUGCAGGGAGGAACUCUGUUCCUGGCUCACGGGACGGCCGAUGCCAACGUCCACUUCACUCACUCAGCAGAGCUCAUCAAGCACUUGAUAAAGAUCGGAGCCAACUACACCAUGCAGAUCUACCCGGACGAGGGACACUUCCUGUCCCAGCGCAGCCGCAUCCAGCUGACUCACUCCCUGAUUGGUUAUUUCCGCGGCUGUCUCCUCGACGCGUCCUCGUUACUCGAGCAGCAGGUGGACGACGAGUGAGAGGAACAGCCUUCCACCACUGUGUGUCUCGGUUUGUGUGUCACUGAGCGUUUGUGUCCCCCCGGUAGACUCAAGUGUGUGUCUGUGUGGGCGUGUGGGUGUGUUUUUUAUACCUGUCGUACAAUAUUUGACAAGACAAGCUUCUUCUCGACGUCUCAGACUAGUUUCCAUCGCUCGUCUCCUCAAGUAGAAUAAAGUUCCAACCGUCUGCUGUAAUGUCGAGGAUCACGAUGCUGUGCAGACCUGUAGGGGGCGCUAGCUCGCAAGCAUCGGAGAAGUUAUCACAGAAUAUUUAAUUCAAAAUGUAUUUAACUACGUAAAUAAGUGACGGUAGCUUGUUGAUAACGUGUGUAACUUCGGCCACUAGGGGUCGCCCAAUCAAAACAAUAAGGAAAGAGUUCAUGUAUAAAAGUUUUACUGACGUUACACAGAAAUAUAAAUCUAGUUUUUAGACUUUUUAAUGAAGAAUUUUAUCUUGAAAGAUUCUGCAAUUGGCAAAAAUCUAAAGUAGAAAAUUAUGAUCAACCAAGUGAAACAAAUGUAUUUCAAUUUAAAUGUUUUCGGGGAUAAAGCCAUUAAAAUAGAAAAUGUCACAGUUGAUCAUAGUUAGAACAUUUUCAGCCUGUGUGUGUGUGCUCGUCUUUGUGUGUGUGUGUGUGUGUGUGUGUGUGUGUGUGUCUGCCUCUGUUCACUGUAUUUUCUUAUCGUGCCACAGAAAACACUCUGAGCCUUGAUGAAGAUUCUUUGUUGACGGGUUGAAAACGUUUAUUUUUUUCCAUUUAGGAUUAAAUGGAUUUUUUCAGUAGCCGAUUACAUCGAUCACAAACUCUCUCUCUAGAUAUUGUAACAUUUUUUGUUUUCAUGCAACUCGGUCGUCUUCUGAAAAACGCAUUUGGUUUAAAACCAGACAAGAAGGACGUUUUGGUGACGUUUUGUUAAUCAUCUCAUUUAAUUUCGACAUUUAUCACGAGAGUCAGUAGAGUCGUGCGACCUCUAGACCUUGAUAGAUGGACAGAACUUUACUUUUCAGUCCCUGGUUCUGUUUCAACUGGGAUAUUUUUUAUUUAUUUUUGUAUUUAUUUAUUUCUCAAGUCGAUAUUUAUUGUUUCACAACAUUUAAAGGGUCAGUAGGUCACUUUCGAUCUAUUAGAAAAGCACUUUCACUUAUUAUAUUUUGGUUUACCUCCACGUCCCACGUCCUCGGUCUCUCUUGUUUACGACACAGUUGCAUGAACUAAAUGAGAUUAUUGCUGUGACGUGACUUUGACACUAGACUCAUCUGUUAAACACAGAAGACUACAGCUUAUGAUUUAUAACAGACAGUUUAUUAUUACUAAUAAUUGGGGAAAUAGCAGCUUUUCUACGUUCUUAUUAAAUUUGACUGCUCUUAAAGGUGGUUUAAAAUCACUACGUCCCUUUUUAUCAUCAACUGAAACAAAUAUCUGGAGAUAGAAACAAGUUUUUUGAGGAUUUAACUCAAUCUCUAUGCCCUGCUAAUUGAAAUAAGUGUAGCCACAGUUCUGGGUGCUUUUAUUUAAUGACUCCUCUUCACCCUCCAGCUGUUUGACAGGUUUUUUGGGAACCAUGUGACACUGUGGUCCGCUAAGCGUGGCACUAACAGGCUCAGGAUCCUCCAGAUAGAGGUGACGCGUGGAGCUGCUGUCGUCCACUUUAGAGUAAAUGUGUGUGACGUCCUUCUUGUCUCUGUUGGGAUUUGUUCUGUAAGUCUGGUUCUGUUCUCGGGGACGGGGAGUUCUGUGAAUGUCCGUGUGAUUCUGGAGGAGCUUACUGUAUUUUUUGGCUGUUUUAAUAUUAAAGAACAAUGAAGGAGACGUGUUCGGGUCUUGUUUUGUGGUUGAGGAGUAAAAAGCAACUCUAUUGUGUUUCUAAGGUUUCCAAGCUGUUGGCUUUGUGUCUCUUUGUGGUCAAUUUGCAUCAGUAUGUGUUUGGUUUGCAUCAUUUUGUGGGAGCUUUGAGUCUUUAUAUGGUCAUUUAGCAUCGUUUUGUUGACAUUUUGCAUCAUGGUGUGGUCAUUUUGUGUCUGCUUUGCGUCCCUGUGUUCAGUUUGUAUAUCGGUUUUUGGUCUCUUUGCAUGGUUUUGUUGACAUUUUGCAUCAGCAUGGUCCUUUUGUGUUUGCUUUGUGUCUCUUUGUGGUCGCUCUGCCUCGUUUGUGGUCUCUUUGCAUGGUUUUGUUGUUGUUUUGCAUCAUGCUUUGGACAUUUUUCUUGUGUAUUUCUGCAGAUCUAACUUAAACCUUUUUAUCUAAAUGUAUUUCUUCAACCAUCCAUUGAACCACGUCAAUCCGUCCUGGUUCCAGCAGCUUCUUGUCUCUGUCCUGCUGAGGACAUGUGACUGUGUUAACGUGCCUCAGACACUCACACGUGACGGAGGAGCUUUCUGUUCUAAUGAAGAACCGGAGAAAAGAACAUUUAUCUUUGUCUCUGUCCUUCGUGACCUUUUCAAAUCCCCUGCCCACACUGUUCAAUCUCAGCUUUAAUUACAUCAACGCAAUUACAGAGUGAACGCGAAGGUGAGGACGAAGAGUCACACAGCAACUUCACAAACUGUGAGUUAAGACCUGACCCGGGAAGUAAGUCUGUCUCUGGUGGCUCUGCUUAGACAAUCCACAAAGAAGAAGAAACCUUUUGUUCAUUUUCUACUGUAACAAAAGAGAAAAAGCUCCUUUUGAAACCAGCUUUACUUUAAAGAGCGAGGCCGCGGUCACGUCUC